GAAGUAAAGUUGGGGGUUGAAGUAAACAAAUCCCUAGCAAGAUUUAAUGGUCCAACAUUUAUAGGAUUGAACCGAUAUUCAGACCAUUGAUAGAAGAUAAGAAUACGUGCCAACACCCUUUAACUAGUCCAUGGAGGAUCUGCACGUCAGUACAACUCUGAAAAUUCUCCGGAAUCCGACAAGACGUUUAGGCUGUGGUCGGUACAACUCUGCACGUCAGCACAUCCCUCAUAAUUCAUAAAUAAUCGUGUCAAUAAUCUGCACCAUACUUUUUAUACCCAGAACAAAGCUAAAACCACCUACUGGCACUGAUUGUAAGCGACUCUGAUCAGCUCUGCUCUCGGACACAGGCAUAGAGCCACCCCACCGUUUCAAUGGAAGUCUGGUUCGUCGUUCUCGCUUCUCUCUGCAUCUGUGCAGCCCUGAAAUUCCUCCUUGAACUCCUCUCACUCAGCUCGAAUAAGCCCAGAAAGCUCCCGCCAGGCCCCUUCUCUGUGCCCGUAAUAAGCAACUUCUUAUGGAUUCGGAAACCUUCUUCCGAAAUCGAAUGUAUUCUUCGCCAUUUACGCACCAAGUACGGCUCUAUCAUCAGGCUCAACAUCGGCUUUCGCCCAGCCAUCUUCAUCACCACCCACGAACUUGCCCAUAAAGCCCUCAUCCAGCACGGCGCCAUCUUUGCUGAUCGUCCGCCGGCUCUAGGCCCCAACCGUCUCAUCAGCAGCAACCAACAUAACAUCAGCUCCGCUGCAUACGGUCCACUCUGGCGUCUCUUCCGCCGGAAUCUCACCUCCGAGAUCCUCCACCCUUCAAGAAUCAAAUCUUACAGCCACGCCCGCAAAUGGGUCUUGGACAUACUGAUCAACAGGCUCAGGGAACAGGCCAUAUCCGGCGAACCAGUUUGUGCGGUAGAUCACUUCCAAUUCGCAAUGUUCUGCUUAUUAGUACUUAUGUGUUUCGGAGAGAAACUCGAUGAAAAGGUUAUCAGAGACGUCGAGACUGUUCAGCGGAAGCUCUUGACCAGUUUCAACGGACUUAACAUACUUGUUUUUCUGCCCAAAUUGGGAAAGAUCAUAUUUCGAAAGAAGUGGAACGAGUUCUAUGAGAUGCGACGUAGUCAGGAAAGUGUUUUGUUUCCUCUUAUACGAGCCCGACGAGAACAAGAGAAGAAGCAAAGCGAGGAAGGGAAGAGUACUGAGAUGGUCGUCUGCUACGUCGAUACGUUACUCAAUCUUCGACUACCUGAUGGACGGAAGCUCACGGAGGAGGAGAUUAUGAGUCUGUGCUCGGAGUUUCUCAACGCAGGCACUGACACAACAUUCACCGCGUUACAGUGGAUCAUGGCGAACUUGGUGAAGCAUCCACACAUCCAAGAAAAGCUGGUGUCGGAGAUUGAAGGGGUGGUGGGGUCCGGAGAAGAAAUCAAGGAGGAAGAUCUGCAGAAGAUGCCAUAUCUGAAAGCAGUGGUGUUGGAGGGUCUGAGAAGACACCCACCGGGACACUUCGUGCUGCCACACGCAGUAACGGAGGAUAUCACCCUAGAUGGGUAUCUUGUGCCAGAGAAUGCUACGGUGAAUUUCAUGGUGGCAGAGAUGGGAUGGGACCCAAAAGUUUGGGAGGACCCCAUGGAGUUCAUGCCAGAGAGAUUCUUGCCACGUGGCAAUGGAGGGGAAGAGUUUGAUAUAACCGGAACUAGAGAGAUUAAGAUGAUGCCGUUUGGUGCAGGGAGGAGGAUAUGCCCUGCAGCUGCCAUGGCUUUGCUUCACCUGCAGUAUUUUGUGGCCAAUUUGGUAAGGGAAUUUGAAUGGACGGUCAGUGAUGGAGAUGAGGUUGACUUGUCGGAGAAACUAGAGUUCACCAUCGUGAUGAAGAAUCCUCUAAGGGCCCGCAUAUCACCAAGGAGAGUAUAGAGUAUAUUAAUUGUAGUCAUAUUUGCUAUUUUUAGGUAUUAAUUUUAAGGGAAAGUUUCCGAAUGGUACAUGUACUUUAGGGAUUUAGGCCGACUGCUAUCCCAAUUUUAAAAUGCAACAAUUUAGGCCAUAUUUGAUUAGUUACACAUAGUCUCAUUCUUUUAAUUCUUUGAGAUUCUGAAAAAAAAUGGGCAAGAAUGAAUGAGAUACAGGUGUUUGGAUAUU